CCUAGUAAAGAUGGUGGGCACGGCUGUUUCCGGGCGGCCCGGGCUGCCGUGCCGGGCGGCGGGCACGGUGCUGUCUUGAGUCCGGCGGCGGGUCAGCGGGGGAGAUGGCGGCGGCCGGCAGCUCUCACAGCAUCGUCGAGUACUUCGGCGGAGAGAGUGGCUACCACUGCGGCUACUGCAAGAACGAAACCGGCAACCUCUCCCACGGUAUGUGGGCACAUUCAAUGACAGUUCAAGAUUACCAGGAUCUCAUAGACAGAGGAUGGCGAAGAAGUGGAAAAUAUGUCUACAAACCUAUCAUGAAUCAAACAUGUUGUCCUCAAUACACAAUAAGGUGCCAGGCUUUGCAUUUUCAGACCUCCAAAUCUCACAAGAAAGUUCUGAAGAAAAUGUUGAAAUUUAUUUCCCAAGGAGAUGUUGUGAAAGUAGCGAGUGAAGAAGAGCCUAUGGAUUCCCAUAUAGAGGAUGCAGUCGCCUGUGAUUUUGCAUACAAAAGUGAAUCUCGGGUCAGUCAGUCUGAACUGACUCCCUUGAAUGUGGAUCACACUGAGAGGGUGGAGAAUGAAGAUAAGGACACAGGAGAAAUAAAAGAAGAGGUGAAUGCGCAGCAGGUGGAAUCGGGUUCUCUUCAGAUAUGUGCAGAUAAAGGUGCACCAGCCCCUGGUGAACCGUCACAGUCGGCUAAAAUUGUUCAUGCACCACCCAAGCCAGGGAAAGGGGCUGAUCUGAGCAAGCCACCGUGUCGGAAAGCAAAGGACAUACGGAAGGAAAGAAAACUGCAGAAACUCCAGAACCAGAUGUGCACAUUGGAAGGCUCUCAACAUCAAGCAGGAGAUCAAGUUUUACUCUUGCAAAACUCUAAAUCUAAAUCAAACCAGCCCAAAACCAUGGAGGACUUUAUUUUUGCCUCUUUACCUGAUGAUGCACGGCACAAAUUAGAGGUGAGGGUGGUGAGAUCAUCUCCACCAAGUUCACAGUUCAAAGCCACAUUUCAGGAGUCUUACCAGGUCUAUAAACGUUACCAGAUGGUUAUUCACAAGGACCCACCUGAUAAACCAACUAUAAAUCAGGUGAGGUUAGUACCUGUCUCCUUUGAGGACCCUCAGUUCAAAUCAUCCUUCAACCAAUCAGCCACUUUAUUUGCCAAGUAUCAGAUGGCUAUACACAAGGAUACACCUUCUGACUGUGGUGAAAACGAGUUCACACGAUUCCUCUGUGAUUCUCCUCUGGAGGCAGAGAAUGCACCAAAUGGACCGGAAUGUGGCUAUGGAUCCUUCCACCAGCAGUAUUGGCUGGAUGGGAAGAUAAUUGCUGUUGGUGUAAUUGAUAUCCUGCCCUACUGCGUGUCCUCUGUCUAUCUAUACUAUGAUCCAGACUAUUCUUUCUUAUCUUUGGGAGUCUACUCUGCAUUACGGGAAAUUGCUUUUACUAGGCAACUUCAUGAAAAAGCUCCUGAUCUCUGUUUUUAUUAUAUGGGUUUCUACAUUCAUUCGUGCCCCAAAAUGAGAUACAAGGGUCAGUACAGGCCCUCUGACUUGUUGUGUCCAGAGACAUAUGUCUGGACACCUAUUGAGCAAUGUCUACCCCUGCUUGAGCACUCAAAGUACUGUCGAUUCAACCAGGACAUGAAAGCAGUUGAUGAAGGUCGUAUUAAGGAACUGGGCAGAGUGAAAGUACUUCACAAGAGAACCAUGAUGCCUUACAGUGUGUACAAGAAAAGAAGGAAGGGGCCAAGCGACGAAGCCAGCGUUCAGCAAUAUGCAAGUUUGGUUGGACAGAGCUGUUCAGAAAGAAUGUUGUUGUUUAGAAGUUGAAAAAUCACAAAAUGGCAUUUUGAUGGCGCUACAUUUUCUUGCACUGCCACUGGAUGACGUGUACUAUAGCUGUGUGUCGGUAUGCCUACUCAAAUAGCAGUAUGAAAUACAGAUAUAUAGCUAGGCUUGUGUGAAUCCAUGGUACUGUGUUUAAAAGUCAGCUCCAGUAACAGUUACGAUACAGCAAGGCUUUAGCAAUAGAAAUGUAGAAGAACACGCUUGCAAUAUAUUUUGAUGAAGUAGUUCUAGCCUUUCUAUGCAUCUUAAAUCUGAUUAUUUAAACAAAAUGAAAACCAGGUAUCAUUUCUGUAGAGACAAAGGUUGAUUAAAUCUAGAUUAACAGUAAUUACAGAUGCUUUGAGGUAGCACCUUGGAUAUCUCUCAUUAAAAAUUGCCCUGGUAUGCUCCUAGACUCUUGCAAGAGAACUGUAACGUACUCGUACUUUCUGGCAUGAAAUCUGGCAGGGUUUGGUUUUAUUUCAAUAGUAUAUUUAAAAACAGGAAGAAGUUACAUUCACGGCACAUUCAUCAUUUGUUUGAAGCAGCAGGUUAGUAUCUGAGGUCCUAGUGAAUGUAGGAGUACACAGCAGAGUCUCAGUGGCUUGAGAUGCAGUGCUUUGGAAGACUUUUCCCUUUGGAGAUGAAACAGAAUAGUUGUACUAAAAAUAUACCAAAGAUAUGCAGCCAGGUGGCAUGGUGGGUUUUGGGUAUAAGCCUUAUCCUUUGUCUAAAAAGAGUGGAUGUUUUAACGCACAUCACAUCACUAGUGUGAAAGGGAGCUUGGGACGUUUGUCCUGUAGCCCUUCAGUGCACAGUUCAGAACUAUGCUAAAAAAAGAAAGACAUGAGGUACUGCUGCUGGGUUCUGUUGCAUUUUUUUCUCUGCAGAAUUGUAUAGGAAGACUUAAAUAUCAAAUUCCUGGGUGUUUACUGUUUUGUUGAUGGUGCAGCAGCUCACAGGUUAACAUCUUUCAUAACAUUUGACUAAAUACUUGUGUUAGAAACACAGGACGUCAUGGUGCUUUAUGAAAGCACUUUAUUACCUGAUGUAUGAACCUUGUCACUAGCAGUCUGUGUCCCUGUCAAGUCAUACAAGUUGUAGGAAUUUGGGGAAAUAACACUGUUGUAUAAUACAGUAAUGUAUUACAUCAUAAAGAUACCAAUGCAUUUGUGUUUCUUAUCUUGUUAGAUAGCAGGAGCUAGUAUUUACCUUGAAUCACCUACAAGUUUCCUGUUAACCUUUGAAGAAAGAUUCUUGUUCAGGAAUAUACACGUAGGCAUUUUUCCCCAGAAAGGAACCAAAUCAAUGUUGCCCUCUGAAGAUCACGUUCCCUAUCAUUCAUUAAUUUUAAACACUUGGCCAAUAUUAUUAACUGAUGGCUUUUAUGUGGAACAGACGUAAGAAUUUGGGGAUUCAAGGACAUUACAGCUCUAACUUUUUUCUUCCUAUCUCUUUGACCAUUGUGAUAUUAUUGAUAUAUAGUACAGCUUCAACAGUGGUUUAAAAAGGUAAUUUUAUGGUUGAAUAAUUGAGUUCUAUAGGUCUACUCCUGAUCUGCAACCAAAUCAAUUAUUUCUGUCUAGUAGAUGUUACUCCAUUACUUGAUACUCACAAGUUUCUGUAUACCAUACAAUCUAGUUUGUCCAUGUCUUAUCUAACCCAAUUGCCAUGGGAGAACCACUAAAUACUGCUUAUGAACAUUAUUACAAAGAGUUCCUUUCUGUGGAGAAAAUGCCACUCAGUGAAAUGUCAAAUAGUGCAACGUUUUCUGCCUACACAACGUGUUGAAAAGCAGCGCCCAUAUGGCUUAAAACCAAAAUAAAUGAGAGAACCUUUUUAUAUGAUAUAAAAUCAGUUCAUGGGCACAGAGGAAUUCCAGCAUGACUUGCAGAAUCGUGAAGGAUUAUCAGAAGCAUUUAAUGAUGGCCUCCUGAAGGAGUUACACUUUGUGUUACCUUGCAAGGGGGCAGACUUAAUGUCACCGCCGAGAGUUCUUGAAGAGCUCCGUCUUUUUGUGCCCACUGUUUGUUACUGAGAUGCCUUCUAGAUAUGGAUUAGACUUUUAUCUGAUGCUCUGUUUCUCUUGGGGAGCUUUUAAGAGCUGCAUUUAAGCAAAAAGUGAGCUAAGUAUAAAACUGAGUACAGCUCAACCGAAGUUGCUGUUAGUGUGACCACUAAAGGUAGAUGACCAUUUCCUGUGAGUCCUGAAGCGGUGCUUUCACUUCUCAGCUGCAGCACCAUGGCACACAGGGCUUCUGACUCUCACUCAACUCAAAUAUCUAUCUGUAAAAAGAGUCAAUAGCGAGAUUAACUCGAAAAGUGAGGUAAUUUGAUGCAGUAUAUUGAGAUCUGACUUGCUGCUUUUAGUUUUAUUUUAGAAGGAAACGGGUGCAGUAUUUUUCAGGACUGAUGCCUCUAUCCCUGGUUUAGAAGUGGAAUAGAGUCUGGGGAUGAAGUUCUGUAAAUUUGACCUUCAGAGGAGCUGAAAAUUCACCACUGUUACAGUUUUAUUUAAUGAGAUCUUGUUACUGAGAAUUAUUCAAUUUAGAGAGAUUUAGUACAAAUAUUUUAUAAGAGUUUUUUUUAGUAUAGGUAGCUCAUGAGAGUAAGGUUGCCUUGUUCUGUCAUCUGUCGAUAAAUGGGUAUAAAAUGGUGGUAAGAAAAUGCAGAGCUGUGACAAGUGCUAAAAAAUACCAUUCUUUGUUUGAAUUGGAAAUAAGUGGGGAGCUUGUUCAUUUCCAGCAUCAACACGUUUCGGUAAAUGCAAAAGAACCUGCAUGUCGAGUUUGUAAUUGCUUUUCAACAGGCCUGUUUGACUUGUAAGUACAGAAAAUAAAGUUAUUUCUAGUCUCUGUGAAUUAUUAUAAGUAAUAUAAUAGCUCUGAGUGUGACUUCUGUAUUUAUUACCUUGUAGGAUUUUAUUAUCUUGGAGGAUGACUUAAGUGUCCAGUGAAUAGCAAAAUCAGGGAAGUCAC